AUAGAAAUAGUCGUCCUCCUCCUACUUAUCAAAGCAGACAAGUUCGAAAUCAUCCUUAUCAGAAACGAUAGUGUGGGACUCGUCUAUAUUUAAAUAUGAUGAUAUAAUAUACAAUGAAAGUUCAGAAGAUGUCUGACAACGGAAUGGCUUCGGGAAUGUUUUUAGUUUCGGUUAUUGGCCAAAUUGAGAAAGCUCAUUUCCCUGAAUUUGAUAAUAUGUAUUGCAAAUAUGCAUUUGUUCACGGACCCGAUUGGGAAAUUGUUACUGGUAUGGAAGAAGGCAUUUCCCAAAUAGCUAAAAAAAGUCAAGAUGAAAGACAACUAGUUGUAUGGAAUUUUCCGUUAGAUGCUUCUUUUAGAAGUACCAAUCCUCAUGGAUGGCCCCAACUGAUCAUUAGCGUUUAUGGUUUGGAUACAUUUGGAAACGAUGUUGUAAGAGGCUAUGGAGUGUGUCAUCUUCCAAUUGUUGGAGGUAAAUCAUGUAAAAACAUAUCUAUGUUCGUACCUCAAUCCAGUUCCUUGUUACAAAAAGUUACGUCGUGGUUGACUGGCAGGAGACCUGAAUAUGUGGAUGCACGAUUAUUAGCUAGAGGAGACGGAAGAGAAGUAACAAGAGUCAGAAGUCAAGGAAGUGUAACUGUAACCUUGGAUGUUAUUUUUAAAGAUUUCCAUCAAUAUGGUUUUGAAAAUGGUUCUUAAAUGACAAACAGCUUUGACAACAUUUGUCCAUUUAGUUUAAUACAUAAAGAAUUACUAAUUUUAUAUAAAUCAAACAUCUUUAACUUUAAUAUUUUUAAAAGCUAUUAUUUGAUAACAUUUUUUUUAACCAAUUAAAAUAUAAAAUUUAAAAUAAUUUUUAAGUAUUCCUAUUGAUUUUAAUUGUAGUAUGACUCCUGUAAUGUACUCAUUACAAUUUUAUUAAUGUAACCUAAACUAGUACUAUUUAUUAAUCUGAGUCAUCUGUCAUUAUAUUUCUUUUAGAUAAUAGAAAUACAUAGACCCUUCAUU